AUGACAUACCGAACUAAACGUUCCUUUACAAUUUCCAACGAUGAAAUUGGUUUACAAAUGCAACAUCGACUACUCCGACUAUUUCAACGCCAUCAAAAUCAUCGUUCUCUUUACUCGCCCCCGAAACCCUCACCACUUUACUUAGCUUGUCAAAGCAAUGAUCUAGCACAUGUUGAAUCAUGCCUGAAAAAAAUGAAACGUAAAGAAAUCGAUUUUCAAUAUUCACCGAACAAUGAAACUGUCCUACAUGUUGCAACACGAAGCCAACAUAAAGAAAUUAUUAAAAUUCUUCUACUUCACGGCGCACAAAGAUCGCUAAGAAAUGCAGAUGGCCGACAAGCUUAUCAAUUAGCUGAAACAAAAGAAAUCAAAGAUUUAUUUAAACGCCCGAAAUCCUCUCGUUUUGUAUUUCUAAACAGCGGUUUUGCAAUGACUACCUUAUUUCAAAACAAGAUAAAAUGUGAAAGUUGUUCUCUGGUAAAUGAUAAUACUUUAUAUGAAUGGGAAUUGAUUGAUCGAAAUGCAGCACAGAAAGCAGUGAGAUUUCGUCGUGAAUUCGAAAAGUCCACAUUAAUGAAUAAAAAAGUUUUGAAACAAAAACUUUAUUCCACUAAGAAAGGUUAUCUGAAUGCACGUCUACAAGAUAUUUCCGAAGCAGAUGGUGCUCGUAUAAAUGAUUAUUUUAAACGUGCACUACGUCAAAAUGAACCGUAUUAUAUUGUUACUGCAUAUACCAUAUGCCAAAAUUUUUCACACUUGUUAAACACCGAUAUGGCGCGCAACGUCAUACAUGAUUUGAAGAAUGGUUGUAGUAAAUUUUGCUGCGACUGCCUCUAUUCGACGGAAGAUGGUACCAAAGCAAUCACAAGUAUUCUCCUUCAUCAUCCAAAUUUUCAAAAGCUCAAUUUCAAGGGUCGAGUCUAUCGUGGUAUUGUCGCCUCUAAGAGUGCUCUUUGUCAUUAUAAAGUUGGUUCAUGUAUUAUCACAACUACAUUUCUCUCAACAUCAAAGGACCCUGAAGUUGCUCAAAUUUUCUGUGAUAAAGCAGUGCGUAACCCAACUACAGAUUCAUUGUUUUGUACUUAUGAAAUAGUUAAUGAAGACCGUACUGCUCUUGAUAUAUCUACAAUAUCAGAAUUUGAAGAUGAAGAUGAAGUAUUAAUCCUGCCGUAUUCAGCUUUUCUUAUUACAAAGAUUGAACAAGGACAAGAAACAAGAAAUAUUUAUUUGAAAGAGCUAUGUUUAACACAUAUGUUUGACAGUAAUGGAUCGAAAGAAUGGUCAAUUAAUUCGACUACAUGUCUACUGGAACUUGCCGGAAGCAGUCUAUUGCAUAAUACAAGUGAGAUAUUACUACAAGAGAGUGCCAGCAUGAGAUCACGAUCAAACACAAUGCCCGUAUUAACCACACGGUUUUAG